UCGGAGAGUUCCGACUUCCCAGAUCCUUGAUGAUUUGAAACCAGCAUUAUUAGGGGCGUUGUCACAUAUUCAUUAUUGAUCUCUUCACAGGUGGUGAGGAUUCUAUACCACCUACGAAAUGAGUAUCUUCAGGAUUAGAAAAUGCCUUCUAACCACGGUUCUACUCUGCAUCACUACUAUCAUUGUGUUUUAUUCUGGACAGCAAUCCUCCAAUUCAUUUGUUGAUUUUGUAAAAAAUGCCUUUCGGCCGCUGGACCGUAUCUUCUCUCCACCGCCGGACGACGACCCAUGGUUUCAGAAGCGCUUCAUCAGAUCUAUCAAACCAUUUCUGACGAGAGAGAACAAGGAACUCCCCGAUGAUACCAGAACGUGGUGGCGGGAAAUCCAGAAUGACAAUAGCACAGCCAAAUUCAGCGAGGUGGUGGAGAAGUUGUUCCAGGUCAUCCCUGAUGCUGACCUCCACAUGGACGCGGGCCAUGAGCGCCAUGGAAGCUGUGCUGUGGUGGGGAACUCUGGGAACCUCAAGGGUUCCCACUUCGGAGCCCUCAUAGACUCCAGUGACGUCGUCAUAAGAAUGAACAAGGCUCCUACCUCUGGCUAUGAGGGGGAUGUUGGGAAACGGACCACGUAUCACGUCAUGUACCCAGAGAGUGCAAUAGACCUGGACAACACCACCAGGUUCCUGUUGAUCCCUUUCAAGACUCUGGACCUUCAGUGGCUACCAGGCGCCAUGACCACUGGGUCUCACAUCACUUUGUCAUAUUUACCACUUAGACAGAAGAUAAAGGCCAACAAAGAUUUGGUAUUGGUUCUGAAUCCUGUGUUUAUGAAAUAUGUUCAUGAAACCUGGCUUGACUAUCAGGGCAAAUACCCCUCCACUGGAUUCAUGGCUUUGAUAUUAUCCCUACACAUCUGUGACAAGGUGAAUGUGUAUGGAUUUGGGAAAGACAAAGAUGGGAACUGGCACCACUACUGGGAAACCCUAGUCGAUAAAAAUCUCCAAACUGGAAUACACGAUGGAAACUAUGAGUACAACGUCACCAUGAGGCUCUCGGAAAUGCACAAACUACAGUUAUUUAAGGGAUUUCGCUUAUAAUUCAUAAAGAUAAUUUCCCUUACAGCUGUAUAUACACUAUAAAAAGCUUUUUAUUAAAGCGGAUUAAUCAAAUAGGUGUUAGCCUAUUGUCUACAUUGCACAGCAUUUACGUGCUGAAAUACCUUGUCCUUUUAUCUGCACUACCGUUUUUGGUUUUGUGUGAACUUGAACAAUGUGGGGCCAUACUUAUGAACUUUGGCUUAGACCAUGGUUUAACCAUUGGUCUAAAAUGGCUAGCUUGUCUCAUAGGCCAACCUGGCCAAAUUAGCCACGAUGCUGUGGACGGCCAGCAGAUUAUAUCCAGUAACAAAUUCCGUCUCGGCCAGUUUAAAAUUGGCAUGAUCCAAUGCGUUUUUUUCACUAAUGCAUCCUUAACAGAAGUCCACUGGCACGUUCUUAUACUCAAAUUAACUGCAUCACAUGCAAAAUUCUGUCUGGAUGAUUACCUCAGUGUAAGACUCCUAGUUCCUGACAAUAUUCACCACCUGUGACGUAAGUAUGAAUCUCCCGUGUUAUAAUUUUUCUGUUUCAACCUGUGAACUUACAUUCAUUGUGGUAUUGUUAAGGAAACUACAGCCGUCACCUUAAAAAUGAAGCCUAAGAAUGAAUUUCAUAAAGCGCUAGGCCUACGCCUUCAGCCUUCACCAACACUGCUACUAGGGCCUAAUAAUCUCAGCAUAUGAGGCUGCAUGGAUGUGUACACUACACUACAUGUAAGAUAGGGCUACAAUGUUUUUAUAAUCAUUAUCUAGCCUACCUUGUUUAACAGUGUAAUUUGACUGGUCUGGCUAGGUUCACCAAGUGUCCAGUAAAGGGCGAAGCUACUCCAGAAAUCCGCUGAGGUGAAGCCUCAUGGCUUCACUACUUAUGAAGCCCAUUCAGUAAGCGACUGACUGCUCUCCUAUUCUGUAACACAUGCUAUUGACUGGCUGGCUUAGCCUAUAUAGACAUUCAGAUCGACAAUAGAGCCAUCUUCAUUGUCAUGGACGUGUUAUUUGCUGGGCUAGCGUAUAUCAACACGAUAGCCUAUUGCCGGUUUAAAUAGCUAUUGAAAGCAAAAUGAUGUCCAAAAUUGUGUUGAUAUAGGCAAGCCUAGCCUACUAUAGGUUGAAUGUUACACGUAUUCACCCCAGAUAGUGUCCCCCUAGCUAUAACCUAUUGAAAAUGGGACUUUAGUUUAGCCUACACUUCAAAUAUUUAUUUGGCCUACACUAAUUCUGGUUGUAUUGUGAAUCGAAGAGCAGGUAACACGUAGUAAAUAAACAUUAAAGGAGCUUGGAGUCACUCCGACUGAAAGGCUAUAGGGUUAGGCCAAAAAAUAUUACAAAUAUUAGUCACUACAAUGAAUCUUGGUGAAAUUACAUGUGUACACUUAAUUGUAUAAGGUUUUUAUAUGCAUUUUGAUCAUCGCCUACUUUUGUGCUAUUUCCCUCGAGGACCAGCAGUGGAGGGUUUGCUCCUUAAAACAAUCUUGCCCCAAAUGGGAUUCAAACUCACAGCCACAAUUUUUUUAUUUUUUUUUAACCUUUUAUUUAACUAGGCAAUUCAGUUAAGAACAAAUUCUUAUUGUCAAUGACGGCCUAGGAACAGUGGGUUAACUGCCUUGUUUAGGGGCAGAACGACAGAUUUUUACCUUGUCAGCUCAGGGAUUCGAUCUUGCAACCUUUAGGUUUAUUUAGAAUUGAAGUUGCAUUGUAUCGCAGACCUGUAGCCUACUGUCCACCACAGAUUGUUUGUGGACUGAUUUGCGGAGUACGGGCACAGGUCACGUCAACAUGGAUAUCUAAGAUGGAACGCAUUCUCAGGAAUUUCUAUGUUGAUGGGUGUUUUCAAAUGUUUUUGUGUGAAAUGUUUUAGGCUAGACUUCUGAUAUGUUGAAAUAUAUUAAGCAUUGGCCGUUAUGAUAACUAUGAAGAAAUAUUGUUUGUGAAGGGAAGUAUUCAUUUUAAAGAUGCACUCUCAAAUGUUUGUAUAAUUUCAGAUAGUUUUGAGUGGGGCUCAUGAGCCAAAAGUGGUCCCCACUUUUUUUUGUGUGUGUACUACGUCAUUCAUUUAGUUAUUUUAUUUUUACAAAAUGUGUGAUAUCAUACAUCUUCAUUCUGCAACUUGACUCAGUCAGUGUUUACUGUGUUUUUGUUUAUGUAUACAAAAUAAACUGAAAUAUCACAUUUA